GGACGUACCUCGUGAUGUUACGAUCCCAGCGAUCGAUCAAAUCUGUACGUAAGGAUCUUCAGGAGAUUCCAAAACACAUCGUCACACCGUUCGACGAAAGCAUUGCAGUCAGAAUUUUUCAUAACGAUGAUGACAUCUUUCUUUUUUCUUUGUUUCUACACAGUAGUGCUGGGUGCCCUGAAAGGAAGGUCGACUUCUAGGCGAUGUCAACCCGUUGACUGGCAAUGCAGCGUACGGACGGGAUUGUUCAAUGUCCAGCCUUCCACUGGAGGAUCGGGCGAUGGGUCGCCACACUUUGCCCACCGGGAAAAUCCCCAGUUUGAGGUCUUGCGGCUUUGGAUGUUCGAAGUGCUAGGAAACAUAUCCCCCGUCCAGCUAAGCCGUCCCCGACAAUACGCCGCUUGAGAGUGCAAUGUCUUUGCCUUGUUCACUUGCCGGAGUACGAGUAGAGGAGCACUGCAAGCAGAUCGGCU